AUGUUCAAAAUUUGCAUUUUAGUGAAUAAAUUUGAUAGUUCUUCAUCUUCAACCUUUUUAACAACAAAUACUGAAUUUGAAUGUAAAUAUGCAGAUGGGACUUUUAGUGAAGGAUUUUUGGGUAUUGAUAGGUUAAAGUUCGGCUCGAAAGAUGACCCAAAUAUAUUGACUGUGCCCACUGCCCUAAUUGGACUAGCCUCAGACGCACAAUCUGGAGGUUCUAUGUUUGAACUCAAAAUUGAUGGAAUUUUUGGAUUGGGUCCUCCAAGGAGUGAUGAUCUCUGUGGCUUUGAAUCUCCUCUAUACACUGCAUAUCAGAAGAAAUUAAUUAAUAAAAGUAUCUUUUCUGUGUAUAUGCACAACUCGAAGGAUUCUGGAAAUGGAGAAUAUGGUGGAGAUAUAACAUUUGGCGGGAUCGACAACGAACAUUGUGGUUCUCCUAUUCACUGGGUAAAAGCUCAUAAUUCAAUCUAUUGGAGAUUCAGGCUAGAUAGCCUGAGCCAUAAAGGAAAUUCAAUUGACAUCAAAUCAAAAGAGGCAAUCUCAGACACUGGUUCUUCAUUAAUAUCAGGCCCAAAGACGGCAGUUAAACAUAUUUAUGAUUCAAUUGGUGAUAUUGAAAUAUAUGAAGGGAUGAUUUUAAUUCCUUGUGACAGAGAUUUUGAACCUGUUGAGGUUUUGACCAUUCGCAAUGAAGACAUUGGCGAUGAAUUUUGUGAGUUUGGAAUAGCUUCUGGAGGUAAUUUUAAAUUUUAUUUUCAAAAAAUAGGCAACUUCACUUAA